AUGGCGUCGCAACCGCCCCCAUUCGCCGAACCUACCUCAACAAUGAUCUCACCAAAGGUUGCAAGCACAUUCAUAUCCAAUCCACCGAGUGGCCAGGUCUACUCACCCACCGUGGUUCCCUACAGCCAGUUUCAAUUCCCCCACGAUCCACCUCACUGGCCAAACUAUCCACAUCUUACAUUCCCAAAUCCAUAUUCAAACUUGAACACCCACCAAGCACCAAAUCAAUAUCUACACUCACUCGUUAUGGAGCACGAUGGGCACUCGUACAAAAAAGGUGGACAAAAGAUAGGUAAUAAGUCCUUCCCGCUACGCUUUAGCACCUACUUUAAUCAGCAGGACAACCCAGCGUAUGGCCACGAUCCUAAGAACCCCAUCGAACAGCGCCAGCCUUCGACUCCAGCGCAAGGCUACAAUGCUAUAAAUCCGGUCGAACAGCGCCACGACUCUCUCACUAAGCCUGGCACUGCGAGCGCAUCACCUGAUGGCUCGGUUCCGCCGGGUUGGAAGGGUAGUCGCAUUCCCUCAAAUAACGUUCCGAGGAAGGCACCGCUUGCAGCUCGCUCUUCAGAUCAGCUCUCUCCCACCACAGCCCGGAAGACUCCGAAAGGAAGACCAGAAAGGACAGUCAGUGAACCGAUAGAGACUCCGGAGCACAUAACACGAGCCCGGGUGCGCCAACAGCAAUCUUUCGAAACGUUAUCUGGAGUCUCUACGCGUGGAAUUCUGCAACUCAAUGAUCAGAACCAGGCUGCUGCUCAACCUCCCAUAGGGUUCUUCGCGCCUCCACAGGUAUUACCUUCACCGGCGCCACCGAAGCCUGGAAGACUGCGUCCACGACACACCUACCAAGUACCCACAGAGUUGGCAGGCACGAAGACCGCACUAGGUCCGGAUAACUGGGAUGAAUACGUAUACCUCAUGGAACGACUCCAUUACAACGAAAUCAGCGCCCACGAGUUCGACAGUCGCGCUAAAUCCAUCUUCGAGGUUUUCGGUGAGAAGACGCGAAAGAAGCUGAACAACAUUCUGGUAAUGAAGAUGAUACUGCCACGCCUUGAAGAGAUUGAGUUGGAGGGCAGGAGACAAACCACUAAGAGUGUGGAGAACAACUAG